CCUGCUCCGCUCCCUGCCGCCUUGCCGCCUCGCCUCUCCCCGCGCCAGGCAUGGCUCCCAGCACCGUGGCCGUGGAGCUGCUCAGCCCCAAAGAGAAAAACCGACUACGGAAACCGGUGGUGGAGAAGAUGCGCCGCGACCGCAUCAACAGCAGCAUCGAGCAGUUGAAGCUGCUGCUGGAGCAGGAGUUCGCGCGCCACCAGCCCAACUCCAAGCUAGAGAAGGCCGACAUCCUGGAGAUGGCCGUCAGUUACCUGAAACACAGCAAAGCCUUCGCCGCCGCCGCCACCGGCCCCAAGAGCUUGCACCAGGACUACAGCGAAGGCUACUCAUGGUGCCUGCAGGAGGCCGUGCAGUUCCUGACUCUGCACGCGGCCAGCGACACGCAGAUGAAGCUGCUGUACCAUUUCCAGCGACCCCCGGCCGCGCCCGCCGUGCCCGCCAAGGAGCCCAAGGCGCCCAGCCCUACGCCCGCGCCUGCCCCGGCCAAGGCCGCCGCUGCCGCCACUGCGCGACAGCCCGCCUGUGGCCUCUGGCGGCCUUGGUGACCAGCGAGACCCGCGGGCGGCCGCCCAGCCCCGAGGACAAGAGGGCGGGGCGUUCCUCUGGAUGGGGAAGAGCCUUCCCAUCGGCUGUGCGGCCUCAGGCUUGGAUGCACCCCUUCUCCGGAAGGCUCUCUCUCCAGGCUGGCCGGCCAGCAGGAGAGUCAUUCUCAGAGAAUGUGUGCAGAGUCCUUGUCAUUUAGGACAAUCAGGGCCCGUCUUCUGCCAAAUGUCUGACCCUAUGGGGUUGCUCUAUGUUUGCAUUUCCGCAAGUGACUUCUGGGAAGUCCCCACUGCUGGGGUUCUAUGAUAUUUGUAGAUGGCGGGGCGCGGCCAGCCGGCGCCCCGUGCUGUGCGUAGAGGGCUUUCUCAGAUCAGGUGCUGCCGUGCCGCAUUUGCCUUUUGUGAAGGCAGAACUCAAGGUGUAUCCUCAUAGGAAGGAAAGCGUCAGCCAGGAUGGGCGUGGGGCUGGGCAGAGCCAGGCCGAAAGGCCCUACAUCUGCUUGGUUGUCUGGUCGGGGCUCACAGUGGGCUGUGUGGGGCGGGUGGGGGUCUCCGCCGUGAUCCUUAAAGGAUUUCCGUGUGGGUGGGUGCACGUGGGCACAACUUUGUACUCAGAAUUUGUACUCUUGGUCAUGUGGGAACCACAGGACUGCUCAGCAGACUGAUAAUAAAAUCCGACUGUUCAGCCCCCUCGC